CUGGGCGUCCUAGAGACACUAAACGCCACAGAUUUCGCCACGUGUCUAAAUUCUCCCGCUUCGUGCAUCUAUCCGUUAACCCUACUCUCUCUCUCUCUCUCGCUCUCUCUCUCCCUCCCUCUCUUCCCCUCUCUCUCUCUCUCUCUCUCUCUCUGCAACUCGUCCUCUCCCCGUUGAAGAAGAAGAAGAGAAAAAGACGAAAGAUUAGAAAGAAAAGGAUUUAUUGAAAAAAGAAAAGGAAAAAAGAGUUUGGAAAUGGGGAAAUUACUCUGUGAUUCGACGACCGUUGCGGAGACAUUUCAAACCUCAUCACCGGCCGUUCCGUGGAGGGACACAAAGUCAGCGCCGUCGCCAGACGCUCUCGAUGCAAUCGAGGCCGUGGAUCUCGUUGACCAGACGACGACCGCCGCCUGGGACGAUGUUCACGGGCUGGAGGAGCAGCAGAGGAGCCGCCUGCAGAGGCUGCACGCGAAGGGCGUUCUGUGGAAACACCCGCAGGACGAGUCCCCCUCGGCUUCGGUGCUCUUCCGGCUCUCGCACGGCGGGGAGGUCUCCGCCGACGGGAACUGCCUCUUCACAGCGUCGCAGAAGGCCAUGGCGGCGCGGGAGCUCGACGCGCGGGAGCUGCGGCGGAGGACGGUGCGGCGGUUCCUGGAGGACUUCGGAUCGUCCGGAGGGGGGGAGAGGGAGGCCAUCGACGACGCGAUCCGCCACAUGUACGGUCCCGAUCUGACGAGCGGGUGGGGCAUUCACGUUGUCCAAGAAGUCAAGCUCUUGGCCAAGAAAUCCGAUCGCUUGGCUUUGGAUCCCGCCAUUGACGAGCUCGUUCUCCUCGGCAUGCAAAGAGAAACGGCGGCGGAGUCUAUAUACAAAGAGAGGUGUAUGCCGGUGAACGAUGGUCCGAGUUGGGCCAAGUACAUGUCGAUCUCUGGUUCAUCUGAUGAUGAAUUUGAUAUCAUCACAUUGCAGUAUACUGAGGACGGUUUAUUAUCUGUAGAUGAGAACAGGGAAGGCCAUGCUGCGGCUUUCGGAGACGAUAUAGCAAUAGAGUGUCUUGCAACGGAGUUCAAGCGGGAGAUAUACGUGGUGCAAGCUCAUGGAUCAGAUGCAAUGGUUGAUGAAGAAAAUUGCGUUUUCUUCCUCCCACAUCGUCCAAGGAGUCAAAUUUGUGAACCUCCCUUUUUCCUUUUCAUGAAAGGAACAGGUUGGUGUGGUGCUGGAGCAGAUCACUAUGAGCCCCUGAUCGCCCAUCCUUCUUCAUAUGUUUCCCAGGAGAAGGUUGCAGUGGUACUUUGAGGAUAUUAGGUCUACAUUUUUGUGGCGUAGAGGUUGAGUAGAAGUAGUUGUUCCAUUUAUUUUUUUUUCCCGGUGAUGUUUCACAUGCAAUCUAGUUCUCUCGGGAGAAUUUCAUUGCAUAGAAUUCUUUUUUUCUUUUUUGGGUAGAAAUAGCUAGAGCCGGCUAUCUUUGACUCUCACUAGCAGGUCUUAUGUUUGCAAUUGAGCAACCUGUAGCAUUGUUUUUGCGGGCUUCUUUUGUUGUUGUUGUUGUUGUUGUUGAGUUUUCUUUAGAGUGCCUGUAUCCUCUAGGUUCUAUUAUUAUCCAAGAUGAAAUAGUGCCUUUGUGUUGUAUUGAUAGAAGUGACUCAUUUUCUUGUCAGUGCGACUUCUAUUGGCUGAUUCAAUUGACAGAUCCAUUGUAAAACA